AUGGAGAUACCGCCAACUCCCGCUCAAGGGCCCGUGCCAGACAUUAACUCAACACCGCCAUUAAACUCGCCGCCCAUUCCCGCUCAUCGAGACGUGAGAACCAACAAUGGGACUCCACCAGUACGAUCACCGCCCAUAAGCCAAUCAAGCUCGUCUUCGCGCAGAACUACCACAUCAGACUCUGGAGCUGGAGAGUUUGGACGUUCUUAA